AUUACAGAUAGUGUUUGAAUUAUUCAGUGAAUUAUUUACUUUCAGUCUGCUGAGAUUUAGUUCAGUUAACUGGAGUUGAAGCGAAAGUGAACUCAUACUGGACUGAAGUCAUGCAUGGCUUCAGUGUUCUUUGUUCGCUGUCUUUAUAUAAUUUAUUCUCAGUUUGAAUGAUUAUUUUGUUUUCACUAUACUGAAAUAACCAAUGAAAAAUCUUGAUUUUCUAAACCGUAAAAGAAUCCCUCAAAAUAAUUAAAGGGGACCCAUUUAAUUAAAGGGCUCAUAGUCCCCCCACACCCACUGGUUACAGAACUACCAAAUUUACUUUGCAAAUACAUAAAUGACAAACAUACAUAUUUUACCAUGUUUCUUUGUUGCAGUUUAAUACUACUGCAAAACUUUCUUUGUUAAUUUAUAUUGGCCCCUAUUGACAAAUUAUCUGCAUUAAUCUGCUUUUGCGAUAAAACACAACUAAUGCCGCGUUUCCACCGACAUUACCAGGAACUUUUCUCCCAGGAACUUUUCUACCAGGAACUUUUUUGUCCCCCCAGACCCGUUGCCUUCUGCGUUUCCACCGCGGUCUAAAGUACCGGGAAGAUUAUGCUAAUUUGUCCGGUGACGUAGUAUUGCGUGCGACUGCUUCUUCUUGUCAGGUACAGACCGUAAUCAUUCUUGCGCGACAGAAAAGGUAGAAUGGAUGAGAUCCAAGGAGUGCUGCUUCUGCUCAUGUUGUAUUGGUUUACUCAAGAAAUGAUGAACCAAACGGCAGAAAAAAGACGAGCACUGAUAGUAAAGCGUAUCCAGAAAGCUCGUAAUGCUCGAUACAAAACGAGACAACGUGUCUUAUCAGCAAUUGCCGACAUCGACCGUGAGAUGGCUGGGACUAACGCGCGACAUCGAGCAGAAAGAACAAGAUUGAUUUGCGAGUACUAUCGAAUACGUCGCGUUGCGCCAUCAGUUUGGGUACACAAUAGAACAACUGCGUGGUGGGACAGCGUGGUUUCGACUUUCACCGAGGCCCAGUGGAUAAAGAAUUUCCGGAUGUCUAAAGAUACUUUUAUGUACCUCUGUCGUCGAUUGCAACCUCAACUGGAGAGACAAGACACAAACUACAGACUUUGUAUAACCAUCGAAAAAAGAAUCGCCAUUGCACUGUGGAAACUAGCAACCAACUCCGAGUACAGAAGCAUCUCUCAUUUAUUUGGAAUUGGAGUUGCUACUGUGUGUCGAUGUGUUCAUGAUUUUUGCUCCGCUGUCGAGAAAGUACUCAUGCCAGAAGUUAUUAAAUUACCAAACAGUGAAAAGUUAAAAGAAAUGGCUACAUAUUUUGAACGCAGAUGGGGGUUGCCACAGUGUGUAGGUGCAAUUGAUGGGUCACAUAUCCCCAUUCUUGGACCUGAGGACUACCACACAGAGUACUUCAACCGAAAGGGCUGGCAUUCGAUCAUCCUGCAGGCUGUUGUAGAUGGAAGGGGACUUUUUUGGAAUGUUUUUGUUGGAGCACCAGGCAGCCUGCAUGAUGCCAGAGUGCUGCGUUUGUCAGGUUUGUGGGGACUAGUUGAUAGGGGUUUGUUACUACCUGAUGUAACAAAAAACAUUUGUGGACAUGAUGUGGGAUACUUUGUCCUUGGUGAUGCAGCUUAUCCUUUGAAGAGCUGGCUGAUGAAACCUUUUACUGACAACGGACAACUGACACCCCAAAAAAUUGUGUACAAUCAAAAAACAAGCAGAGCCAGGGUGGUGGUGGAGAAUGCUUUUGGCAGACUAAAAGGAAGAUGGAGGUGUUUGCUAAAAAGAAAUGACUGCAGUACGCACAAGGUCAAAUCCCUGGUGAUAGCAUGUUGUGUUCUGCAUAACCUUUGUGAGAUGAAUGGUGAUGAGUUCAGGGAAGAAUGGGUGACAGGUGCAUUAAACCAGCCUGAUGGUGCUCAGUCAGCCACUGUAGAGGCUGAGGGACUAGAUGCACGCACAGCUCUAAUGCAGUUUUUGACGACAACAUAGUAAGCUGCAGUAUCACUGCAAUGUAAUGUGAACAGCUGUGAUGUGCCUUGUGUUCAUGCUGAUAAACCUGUAAUACAACAUUGCAACAAAAGCAGUGUACAACUUUCUUCUAAUAAAUUCAAUUUACUAAAA